AUGGCAGACAAAAAGUACAAGAUCGUGGAGAAGCCGGAAGUGAAUAGAUUAACAAUUUGGCUUAUUGUUGUUGUAUUUUUGUGUUGUAAUGGUGUUGUUUUAGCAGAAGAAGCAGGGUCUACUAGUAAUCAGUUAUCAAGAGUCGAAAGAGAAGCUGAUAAAGGCCAUUUUGCAUGUGUUGAUUUAGAAGAUGACGAUAUCAAAAGUAAAAAGAGGACAUCCGUGGGACCAUGUAUAGACUUUUGUUGGAAGAUAAGAAAGUACUGGGCCUUAUUAAGGAAAGGAGAUCAAUGUUCUUGUAUAAACAAAAAUGACCAAUAUAAAGAAGUCGAUACAUCAAAAUGCAAUAAAAGAUGUGUAGCGAAAAACAAAUGGCGACAAAAUUGUGGUGGAAAAAAUCACUUCAGUAAAUACAGCACAGGCUACGUCAAGGAGCCAGAUUUUGACGCAUUUGACAAAUUUCAGUUGAAAAACUUACGACAGGGCUGCUUUAAACAGAAAAAAGCUCUAACAGGUAUAGAAUUACAAACAGAAAGACUAGAGCAGAGCAUGUGUAUUGAAUUCUGUUUAUAUAAGCAAUUCAAAUACGCCAUAAUAUCGAAUGGAGAUCUAUGUAAGUGUAUCAGCAAUGGAAACGGAUAUUUUGCUCCAACCAAAGCAAAGUGUUCCGUCCCGUGUUCGGGAAAUAAGAAAUUUAAAUGUGGCGGGACGGGUAAAACCUUCCAUGUUUAUAAGACAGGAUAUCAUUCUGGUGCUGGCGAGAUGGAAUAUGAUAAGAGAUUUGAAGAUUUGUCAUGGGCAAACUCCACUAAAUUGGGUAAAACUAUGAUGUUUUAA